AUGGGUAUUCUUGAAAAUAUAGCCGGGCCAUUGGCCCAGGAAAUUUCGCAGCGGUCAACUGGUGUUGUUGUGGCAGCUGGCGUGGCAGCAUUCAUCGUUCUAUCCGUCGUUCUCAAUGUUUUGAAUCAAGUGUUAUUUGCAAACCCCAAUGAGCCUCCCGUGGUCUUCCACUGGCUCCCAAUCAUCGGUAGCACUAUCACUUACGGCAUGGACCCUUACAAAUUCUUCUUCGAUUGUCGCGCAAAGUAUGGCGAUAUUUUCACUUUUAUUUUGCUUGGAAAGAAGACCACCGUGUAUCUCGGACGAAAGGGCAGCGACUUCAUUCUCAAUGGCAAGCUCAAGGAUGUCAAUGCGGAGGAGAUAUACACUGUUUUGACAACCCCCGUAUUUGGAAAAGAUGUAGUAUACGACUGCCCAAAUGCGAAGUUGAUGGAGCAAAAGAAGUUCAUGAAAAUUGGCUUAUCUACAGAGGCUUUCCGAUCCUACGUCCCAAUCAUACAAAUGGAGGUGGAAAACUUCAUGAAGCGUUCUUCGGCAUUCAAAGGCCUAAAGGGAACUGCUGACAUUGGACCUGCUAUGGCUGAAAUCACCAUCUAUACUGCUUCGCAUACUCUGCAAGGAAAGGAAGUCCGCGAUCGAUUCGACACCUCCUUUGCCGCUCUUUACCACGAUCUCGACAUGGGCUUCAGUCCUAUCAACUUUAUGCUUCACUGGGCCCCUCUUCCUCACAACCGCGCCCGCGAUCAUGCUCAGCGAACUGUAGCCAAAACUUAUAUGGAUAUUAUUCAAAACAGACGUGCUCAAGCUACGGAAGCAGAGUUCAAAUCUGAUAUUAUGUGGCAGUUGAUGCGCUCGUCUUACAAGGAUGGAACUCCAGUUCCAGAUCAAGAAAUCGCACACAUGAUGAUCGCUCUUCUCAUGGCCGGACAACAUUCUUCCUCGUCUUCUAUCUCCUGGAUUAUGCUUCGCCUCGCCUCACGCCCAGACAUUAUGGAAGAACUCUACCAAGAACAAAUCCAAGUCUUAGGUGCUGAUCUCCCGGCUCUCACUUAUGAGGAUUUGUCCAAGCUUCCUCUCCAUCAGAACGUUCUCAAGGAAACUCUGCGUCUCCACACCCCAAUUCAUUCUAUCAUGCGCAAAGUUACUACACCAAUGCCAGUCAGCGGAACCAAAUAUGUCAUUCCAACGUCACAUACGCUUAUGGCAUCUCCGGGUUGCACAAGUCGAGACGACGAAUUCUUCCCCGAAGCACUUGAGUGGGAUCCUCACAGGUGGGAUAUUGGUUCCGGCCGUGUUGUUGGAAAUGAUCAAGAUGAGGAAUUCCAAGAUUAUGGUUACGGAAUGAUUAGCAAGGGCGCUUCCAGUCCUUACCUUCCAUUCGGUGCUGGCAGACAUAGAUGUAUUGGUGAACAAUUCGCCACGGUACAGCUUGUCACUAUCAUGGCCACCAUGGUUAGAUUGUUCAAAUUUAAGAACGUUGAUGGCAGCAAGGAUGUGAUUGGUACCGAUUACGCAAGUUUAUUCACCAGGCCAUUGGCGCCAGCCGUUGUAGCUUGGGAGCGACGAUAA